AUGAGCAAAAGAAUCCUUGUCGACUGUCACACGCACAUUUACACCAAGCGUCUAGUCUCGCUUCUGCGCUCGCGCACGGUCAAUCCGCGCAUCCACACCAACUCGCCCGAUGGAUCCGAGAAGCUUGCCAUCCUGCCGCAGGAGGUGUUGGGCGGUCGAACCGUUGGACCGCAGUACUGGGACGUGCGCAACAAGGCCUCGUUCAUGAACCGGCACGCCAUCGAUAUCAGCAUCGUCUCGCUCGCCAAUCCGUGGUUGGACUUUCUGGAUGCACCUCAAGCUGUCACUUCGGCGUACGAGUGCAAUGCUGAUCUCGAACAGUACUGUGCUGAUGCUACGAAGCUGUUCUCCGCAGAGGCAAAGGGAGAGGUGGAGGUGGCAAGGAGGAUGAAGGCGUUCGGCAUCAUGCCUUUGGCAGACGGAGUGGAGCCAAAGGAGGUUGUCAAAAGUCUUGAGGUGAUCAAGCAGUCGCCCAGCUUAUGCGGUGCGAUUCUCGGCUCCAGAGGUCUUGGCAAGGGGUUGGACGAUCCGGCCCUCGAACCCGUGUGGGAGAAAGCGGCCGAGUUGGGCCUCGUCCUCUUCCUCCACCCACACUACGGCGUGGGUGCCGACGCUUCCAAGCCGGACGGUCUAUGGGGUGCGCAGGACAACGGGCACGUCCUCCCCCUCGCCCUAGGUUUCCCGUUCGAGACAGCUGCCGCGACCACUCGACUCAUCCUCGCAGGCGUGUUCGACCGUCACCCAAACCUUAAGCUGCUGGUAGCCCACUCCGGGGGCGCUUUGCCAAUCCUUUCCUCGAGACUGGCGAGCUGUGUCGCUCACGACCCACACGUCUGCAAUCGCCUCAAACACGAUCCUCGCUACUACCUCGGCAAGCUUUACUACGACGCGGUCGCCUAUGGGCCAGAGGAACUCGAGGCGGUCGAUAGGAUCAUCGGUCGCGCGGAACGCUACGGGUCGGGCACGGACGCAAAAGGGGGCAAGAUUCAGGACAUGGUCGAGGUGGGCGUGCAGAGGAUGAUGUUCGGUACAGACCACCCGUUCUUUCCGCCCACCAAGGAGGAUGGCACUGUCAUCACGGAUGAUCAGACCGAGACGUGGAGGUCAGUCACAGAGAAUCUCGAGGCGAUCAGCGAUGUUCCGUCCUGGUCGCAGUCGGCCAAGAUGGGCGUUUUUGGCAAGAAUGCCGUCAGGUUGUUCGGUCUAUAG